AUGGCGGACGUCGCAGACCCCGCCGAAACCGCCGGCGAUCACAUCGCCGCCGGCGGCGCGACGCCCACGACCUCCGCGCCCAGCGCGGCGGUGGAGGAUGACGUGGUCGAAGCCGAGGAGUCGCCGACGAAUCCACAGGAGAAACCCACUGAGGCACGAAGACGAUUCUGGGGUCUCUGUGGCUCACGCAAAGGUUAUCCCGGGGCCUCCGCACCUACUAGGGAUCUCUCGCGACAGAAACUUCUCUGGGAAUUCUCGGUGAGCAUCAACCGAUUUCAAUUCGUGGGCUCUGAGACGACAAUGCCCUGCUUCUUUGCGGUGUCACUACAACCCACCAAAAAAGAAUCCAAAUCGGUGAGAUUGUUGACACAAUACUCACCCAAAUAUGAUUUGGAUAAAACCGGACCAUUGGUUUUGAACAGGCCAAGUGUGUUUUAUGAACGAAAGGCCUUCCGCGCCAGUCAAAGUGAACUGGGUAAGUUGGAAUUGAAAGUGGCCAUGUGGAAAGUGUCCCGAUGGACCUUCAACUCUUAUCAUGGCGUCACCACUCGAAGUUUGGAGCAAAUCCUGAGUCGAGAGCCUAACACCUCCAUGCUGUUGCAGGAAACUCUAACUGAAGCAGAUAGGGAGGAGAAGAAAAAGCACAAAAGACCUAUCUCAGAUGUGGCCGUGGUCUUUGGUGAAGUGAUUCUAGAAGAAGUCUUCGAUGUGAAACUCUUCUUUGAAAACUGGAAGUUCUUUCCAGAUAACGAAAAGAAGGAGAAGAAGGAGGAUAAACAGCUCACUUUUGUGGUGCCCAAGAAUUUCCAGGCCAAUCCUUCCAAGAAUCAAAAGUGCCAAGUGGUCAGCACCAAUUGGCGACGCGAUGGCAGUUCGCUCAAUCCCUACUUUUGGAAAGCCACCACUCAGAUCGCCAAGGUCAGGGGCACCAGGAGAGCUGUACAGCAGAUGUAUUUCAUCGCCAAGCUCUUCAGUGCAAAGCCUGUGAAUGAUCGACAUCCAGUGACCACGUUCAUUGCAAGUACCGUUUUCAAUCUGCAGUCGGUCUUGGACAUCCCCAAUUUCAAGGGGACAAUGAAGUCCUUGACACACGACGAGAGCUUCUUUCGCGUCGGACGUGUAGAAGGCAGUGUGACCUGCAUUUUCUUCUCCGUGGGCCAAUCUGUGCCUUCGAAGACAGAGGUCUUCCAGCCGAGAACGUCCAGUUCCGUUGGGCAUUUGAACAGUUCAGAGAUGCAUCUGGUGGUACAGGUGCGAAAAUGCGAAAGUUUGGCCAUCGCAGAUGAGGAGAAAGGCGUCUCCAGUCCCUUCCUUCGGGUCAGCUGGGACAACAUGAUGCAGACCUCCUUUGUGUUGAAGAACACCAUUCGCCCCACCUUCAACCACACCUUUUAUUUCCCCGUGCGCUUCUUCAACGAGAAGAUCACCUCGCGGAAAUAUCUGGAAACGGCCUUCCUCUACGAGAUGAGAUCCAAGGGCGACAUUCAAAUCCAGGUUUGGCAUCAUGACGAUGCCUCCUCGACCUCACUGGGCUUCACCACGGUAUCCCUGGUCUCAGUGCUGCAAAGCAACCACGAGAUCAAGUGCACCCUGCGCGGCCGCGUGAAGACUGGUAGAGACGCAGCAGAGGGCGAAGAAUUGGAUGUUCCACAGUCAGCAGCUGGAGCCUGGUACGACCAGGAGAGAGCCGUCAGAUGGUUCGAUGGAUCUCGAACUCCAUUGGUCGGUUGUCAAAUUGCGAAUCCCAAUCAACCUCUGCUGCAUUUCGAAGCUUUUUUUUAUCCCGCAUGGCCUACAGAUUUCCAUGGCUUGACGGAGUUUGCUCAAGAAGAGGCGGACGCAUUGGAUUGGCCGAACAAAGAAGCGGCCUUCAUCCAGCGCAACGAAACCUUUGCGGAGAACUUUGCUGGGCCAUUUCCGGAUUCCAUCGGGGCCAAACGAUGCGUCGCCCUGGGCCAAAUGGGAGAUAUCCGCAGCUUUCCCUGUAUCGGUUUACAUCCCAUGAAUUUGGAGCCCUUACCUUUGAUGGCAUUCUUAGCGGAAACCACAGUGAGUCAAGACUACAUCCCACCCGCCAAGUUGCUCCAUUGGAUGCAUUGCAUUACUUACACCAUGUCCACCAAGCAAGAACGAACUGGAAUGAUCUACAAGGAGAUGUGGAAAGAUCCCCAAUAUUUGCUCUUCAGCCGAAAAGGUUCACCUCAAGAUCAUGCCAUCUUGUUGUGUUCCGUUCUCUUGGGCAUGAGCCGAGAUGCCUAUGUGGUGAAGGGAACAAUCCAAGUUCCAACAGCGAUGUCCAAGCCGAAAUUGGUGGAACAUGUGUGGGUCAUGACUCGUGAGGAUGGUGGAUGGGUCACUUUUUGGGAGCCGUCCACCCGGGAAUUCUACCACUUACCCAACCGCUGGGUAGAAACCAAAAAGAAGGUCCUGGCGGAACCAAAGGUCCAAAAAACCAAUGAGGAGGAUGAUGAGGAGGAGGACGAGACCGCAUUGGCCAUUCAAGACUUCACCAGCCAUGAGGUGGGCGAUGUCAUGGUCGAGUUGGACGGCGUCCCCACAGUGGGAAGGGGUCCACGACCCAAGGCCAAGGCAAAGUUGGGCCGCGAUCUGGUGAAGCAACAGAUGUUGGAAACCCAAAGGUUUUUGCCAACUGCACCCAAAUCGCAGCUUUUGGGGGAACAAAGUUUGGUGGAUUGGCUUCCAUAUGACUCCAUUGAUGUGGUUUUCAACAAGACACAGCUCUGGGCCAAUCGUCAAAAUCAGCAUCCAGCCUGCAUCACCUACAACUUCGAGGAUUCUUAUCCCAUCAACGAGGCGCAAGAAGCCACUGGAACUUGGAUGACUUUGCUGUCCGAUGAGGAACGCAGCAAUUAUAGCAUCAGAUAUGUGACCGACAACGUCUUGAUGGAGCCCUCCUUGAAACACUCACAACUGCGGCAGCUGGAAAGUCAGUUGGUCACCGAGUCUCAGGAGAAUCUUCGACUUCUCCGUGGAAGAAUCGGCAAGGACACGAUCUUUGAUCAUCGUCCCCAAUUACUGGAACAGUUAGAUCAGUUCCUUCACAUUCACGAAGAGAUCGCAACGUUGGAUGUGGAUUUCUGUCCUCUGUGGGACACUGACUCCGCCAAGUGGAACGAUGCCGAGAGCUACCUCGCGAGGCUGCUGGCACCCCAUUUCCAGGAGCGCUUCAACAAGUUUGGCACGGCUUUCAAUCAGCCAGACAGGAAAGGCAAAUACCGAUACUACACUACAGUCCAGGCUGCUGAACAGAAGGGCUGGCACCAGGUUUUGGCGAAGAUCAGAAGCUUCAAAGAAGGCAAAUCUGUUUUCCCAACCAUGAAGGGCAAGGUCUUUGGAGGAUUUCCUCUUCAUUUCAGCAGCGCCGACAAGGAUCUGAUUCGCGAUUAUGUGAUGAAGUCUUCAGAGUAUCAAGAGCUGAUCCACCAGCACGACGACUCCAUCUUCACCAUUCACUGCCACAUCUUUCCACUCCCAGGAGGUAUUACGUCCACGUGGCUGUUCUUUGGAACGCAAUCUCCCUUGAAGGACCCUGAAACUGGGGGGAUUUGA